UUGGGGUGAUGUGCACACAAUUUGAUCCAGAACUACGACCCACCAUGGGUCGCGUGUACUCAAUGCUGUCAGAGAACUAUAGCAGCAGCAGCAGCACCCUAGUUGAAGAACCGAUGAGAGAUGGAUCAUCAUCAUCAUCAUCCACAGUUGGAAUUUCGGGUCGAAAAGAGCUCGGUAACAAUGGAUCAUCAUCUGGGACAGAUUCACUUGGAGAACGAAGGCCUACCCAUACACAGGCGACUAACCCGUUCUCGACGAAUCCAACCAGAGGAUGUGCAAUCUUACAUACCCUCCAUUUCAGGCUCCUCAUGUAGUAGUAUAGGCCCAACUGAGCUCGCUAACAAUGGAUCAUCAUCUGGGGUAGACAUUCACUUGGAGAACGAGGACCUAUCCAAACACCGACGACUAACCCGUUCUCGACGAAUCCAGCCAGAGGACGUGCAAUCUUACAUACCCUCCAUUCCAAGCUCCUCAUGUAAUAGUAGUGGCAAUGGUACUCAGAUUGAGCCUGACGAAGGUCCUGUACAAGCAACCAUACAAGAAGUAACAACAGCACCAGAAAAAGAUGAAGGCGGCAUACCCAUUCCAAUGAUUACCAAGGAGGAUCCAAUUGAGACUAUGGGGAAGCUCUGUUCCAUAAAGACUUCAGCCAGACAAUCAAGGGAGAAGACUCCUCUCCCACCACCUCAUAUGACCAAGCAAACAAAGGAAGCAAUGAAGAAGGUGGCCAAACAGCAGCAGACGGUGGAGGAGGAGGUUGAUGAAAAACACCCCACCACCUUCAAUGAUACUGAAGAGCAGCCAGUAAAUUCGACUCCAGAAGACAGGGUGAUAAUGCCAGAAAUUAAGAUGGACAAAGAAAGGCUGGCUACUAAUGAUAAGGAGGACUUCUGGCAGGCUAUUACCAAGCUGAAAAGCUUGGAAACUAGUUUCAAGAAGAGCUUGAAUGAUGAAGGAAACAAAUCCUCCUGGUGUGAGGAAAGCUUUUUUGAGGAAGGUGAGGAGGGGAAAUACAAGGAUCAACUGACCAACCCACAAUAUGCCAUCUUCACGAACAAUGGGGAACGAAUUUUGAGGAAGGUUGGGGUGGCAGAGGACUCUCUUCUCUUCUCCGAAGUCCCACUCCCUGGCCUUGUUGAGCAACAGCUGCCCACUACUGAAGAAGCUGUUGACGAUGGUGACCAUGGUGGAGGAAGUGUUGCAGACUCCAAUGGAUAGCAAGAGGCUAUUAAGAAGAAAACUUUAAUAAUAAUGGUGCAUGUUCUGAGACUAAGACACAUUUUUCUUUUCGAAUAAUACUCCCAAUUUAUCCACAAUGAUAUGGCAUGUUACAUGUCAACUUUUGAUUUAUCACAAACUCAACCAUUGCCAUGUCAUUGUGGAUAAAUUGUGAAUUCUAUAUUGUAACACAUUUCUUGUGUACUGAAUCUUAUUAGAGGUUUUAACAAUAGCUAGCUUAAUACUUAAAAGCUAAGUUCCAUGUAAGGUCUAACUUUUGGUUUUUAGACCCUUUAUAUAUAUAUAUAUAUAUAAAAUCAGCCUUAAAGCUAAGUUCCCAAACGAGACCUUAAUGCCAAAUAUAUGCAAUUCAAAAAUUCACAUCCAUCCAAAAACACCCUACAAGCACCUAGAUAUAAAGGUUCAUCGAUCAAUCUGGGUUAGUUUGGAUGCUAAGAUUCUCCAAAUGGAGGUUUUAAUUAAUAUUAAGAAAAGUCCUUUUUUCAAAUUUGAGAACUGAUACAGUUCCGUAACAAACAUGUUAUAACUCUUCUCACCAAACUAGUUCAUACUAUUUUAGUAAGGAAAUUACUAAUUAAAUUUGUAUCAUUAACAUAAUUAAUCUAUUCAAUCUUUCCUGUGACAUAGUCGGAAAGUAAGAUUUGAUCAAUUCAAGUUUGAAAAUAAAACUUUUCAGAAAACAAUUAUAAUUAAUAUAAUCAACAAUAUUCUAUAAAUAAUUCAAACAUCUGUAAAACAGCAGUCUAUUACUUUCAAACAUUUACAAUUGGGUUUUUGGGCCCUUAAGUUCAAAGUUUAGACUUGGAUAAAUUGGAUUGGACCCUCAUUUUUUAUCAAGUCUUAACAAAAAUAUUAUUUUUGAGUCUAGUAUAAAUGUUGGACUUAUCUAAAAAGCCAGACAUCUAUUCCCAAUAUGUUUUUUGAAAUAUUAACUUACUUAGAGAGGGUAAAUAAGCCAAUUAAUAAAAAUUCUUAUUAAUUACUCAAUUUUUAGCCUUUAAACGAUUAAACACAUAUAAGGAAUCACAUAAAAACACCAAGAUUUUAUGCGCGAAAUUCAAAAGGGUAAAAAUCAGAGUCUCAACACCCAACAAAAAUCUACUAAGAAAAUUCAAUAAUACAGGACUUAGACAAAAGGACUUACAACUAUUCACCUAGGUUUCCCUAGGAGUAUAAAAAUGGCCCGCCAGCCUGAAGCCUGCCUGAGGCCCAACCCGAUGAGCUUGGUCUAGACCCACUCUGAUGCCCAACAUCACUUGCAAGCAAUUUUGGUGAAAUUUUUUUUAAAAAAAAGUUAGUCCUGAGGCCCAAAACCCAAUUACCCAUGGGUCUGGGCCUAUAUUUUUUGGAAUUAGGCCACCCCGGCCUGGUCCAAUUUUUUGCGAGAGCCAAGCGGGCCUAAGACGGGACGGGCCAGGCCAUUUUUACACCACUAUGUUUACCUAACUCCGCUGACAAAUGCAUCUGUUUAUCCAAAAUUAUCAAGCAUAACUGCAAAUAAAUUUGGUGUUGAGAGGGAAAGAAAAAGAGUAAUCGCUAAUAUUAGAGUCUUUCUUUCUUUAAUGAGAGAAAACUAGAAACUGCAUACCUCUUAUCCACUUGUUGCAGCAAUUCUAGGAUCCCAAGAAUACGAUCCAGUGAACUGCAUACUUCAGAGGACUUCGACGAUGAUGUCUUUUGUUAGAGAGGAUCCCACAUUCCUGUUAAAAUGAAUGCAGCAGAUCUAUGGAUGGCACGAAUGUCUGAAGACAACCAAUACGUUGAGCCCACCCAGAUGACUAACCC